AUGGCAGUGAGCAUGACAGCCAAGUAGGGGGUACGGUACACAUGAUAUACAUUCUUUCUUCCUCUUCUUCUACUCUAAACCAACACAGCUCGUUACCAGAAUCAUCAUCUUUAAAAUCUCCCCAGGCAACUUUAACUUUCUUUUGUGCAACCUCCAUUUCCAACCGCCGCCACCAUCAGAAAUAUCGACAGAAUCCACCUUCAUACAACAGAAAAUCAAUCUCUCCACCACAAAUUGCAGAAACGAAAUAUAUACAACAAACCACCCCCAUCCAACCCCUCUAUCAACCAGGCUCCACGCUUCAAAAAGAAAACAACGGCGCAAAACAGGGGUAUCAUACGGUGUGUGUUCCCAUCGUUUUUUUUUUUUCAACUUGUGUUUUGUGCCAGAAAGAAGAAAAGAAAAAAACACACCAAGCAUUAGAUACAAACAACUUCCUGCUCCUCCCCCCCCCUCCUCCUCUAAAAAACCAACUAUACCACACACACACACACACACACAACAGGUAUCAUCAUAGCCGACCAAAAGUUUCCACCAGAAAAAAAGCCAAACAAACAUGAUGACAGGUUAAAUCCACUUUAGAAAGCAGCAACCAAAGCAGCAACACCCAUCACGAGAGCCAAGACACCACCACCGACCCCAUGGCCAGCAGCGCUGUUCUCCUUGUCAUCACCAUCACCACCGUUGGUGCUGCCCUGCGAGCCGGAAGAUCCAGAAGACCCAGACCCAGCGCUGAGGUUAGCAGUGUUGGAACCGGGGGCUGUUGUUAUCUCACAUGUCAGCGAACAAAACUCAACACAAGAUUUGGAGACGGGGAAAGAAAAAGGAAACCCACCAUUAACCUCAUCAUCCGCCAAAGGCUUAACAGCCAAAUCCUUAAUCACCGUCCCGUCCGCGUUCCGAACCUCAUACUUGACCUUCCAGUCCUUGAUCUCCACCAGCUUCCCCGGCUUCGGCUUGUUCUCAAUUCCAUUGUCAAUCAUCUCCUUCGCCCCCGGAGGCAGCACCGGCAGCGUAAAGUUGUUCUGGAACCCAUCAACCGUGAUCAGUUUGGGACUGCAGCUCACCGGCUUAGGCGUGCUGCCCUUUGGCUUCAAGCUCUGCAGCUUCUUAAAGUCAAGCUUCGCAUACUGAUCCCGGAGAGAGUAGAAAUCGCUCAUCAGGGUAGCCGGGCCCUCCUCGGUCAUGUUGACAAGGCCGUAGUUGUUAGGCUCCUGGGUGUACUCGUACACGAUACCGCCGGCAAAAACGUCGUACAUGUCCGCGCCGUAAAUGCUGCCGAUCUCGGUGAAGAUGCGAGGGGAGGGGGUGUUGCACCCAAACUCGGAAAAGAAGACGGGCACGGGGGUGUUUUCAAAGCCCUCCACCAGCUUGUCAAACGACGACUCCGUAAACGACGAGUCGCCGCACCAAGAGUACGAGUUGAGCGCAAAGAGGUCGCCCAUCGACAUGUCGUCCUUGUCGCCCUGAAGCGAGCAGGUAAAGUAGUUGAACGAAUCCCACAGAACCUCGCGCACAUCAGCGGCAGAGUAACCCACGGGGAUCUUGCGGUCAGACCAGUUCUUGAUGUAAUUCUUCAAGUCGCGAGUGACCGCGCGGACGUAGGAAGGAACAAACUCGGUCGUCUCCUCCUUGUCAAUGACCUCGUUUCCGGAGAAGAAAGCCAAGGUGUUGGGGUAGUCCUUGAAGGCCUCGACGACGGCGAAGGUGCGGUUGAGGUACGAGGCGUAGUACGACUUGUAGACCUCGAACGAGGUCAGGGCCUCGCCCGGCAUGGGGGAGUUGACGUCGAGGAGCAUGUACAUCCCCGCGGCGUUGAAGAUGGAGACGCACUCGUCGUGGUUGAGGUCGGGGUUGAGGUUGUAGACCCGGAUGGCGUUGACGCCGAGGAUCUGGAGGAGGGCGGCGUCGCGCAUGCAGACGUCCGGGUCCGAGAGGGGGUCGCGCUUCUUCUUGGGGUCGUAUCCCGCCGAGCCGCCGGGCUGGUAGGCCAUGCCGACGAUUUGGAAGCGGUUGCCGGUUUUGGGGUUGACGAAGUCCUGGCCCUUUACCUCGAGGGGCUGGAGGGCGGCGACGGCGGUGGCGCCGAGCGCCAGGAGCGCGGAUUGCAUCUGUUGCGAGAGGUCAGCAUGGCGGCUUCGGCGAGAGACGGUAGGCAGACAGAGAGACGUACAAGCAUGGUUGCGGGGGCUUUAGUUAGUAUUACUGAGACAGGUUGGGUUUGAAAGGUUGGAACUCGGAAAAAGUUGGAAUGUGGUGGUUAGAAAACUUGGUUGUCUGGGUUUUGUCUGCGCGCGCGUGGAGCGAGUACGAGCAAAACAAGUUGCUCAAAGCAAAUAGUGGUUCAAAAUGUUGUGUCAAAGGAGUGACUAGAAUGACAGGAAGGCCCGUUCCUGCCAGUUGGUAUGCAAGAUGGUUUUGACCUGAAGAGGCUGGCUUGGUUCCCAACAACGGAAACACGAGAUGGUGGCUCAGGAGGAGAAGCAGGUCGCAGAAAACAACACGGGGAAGGGGCAACAUCUUGAAGGAAAGCCAGCCCCCGGUGAUGCGAGCCAGGUCGGGCCUAGCGGCACAAGAUGGCAGCCCCCACAGGUACCACAGCAUCAGGGGGGGUCGACUUUCACUUCAUUGGCUGUUCACCGCCUGUCCUGGAGCCGCUCAGGGGUUCUUGUGCUGGAGCUAGGCCUCUUUUUUUGUCGAGAUUGAGUUAUUACGGGUUCAAUUUAUGCUCUACCUAGGCCGUAAUGUCGAUGGCUCUCCGCAAUGAAAAAUGACUGUGACCUGACUGUGCACCACCUGCUCGUAUCGAGAGAGUAAAGUCGGUGAGCGGCACAAACCGAGAACAGAUCUUCAGGGUCCCCCGUUUAACCUUUUUUACCCCUCGUCCGGAGGAACAGAUGAUGAAGUCAGAAUGCGGCACCUGGAGAAGUUGACGCCGGCCAAGCGAUUGUGCAGAUCGUUUUUCUUUUGAUAUCAAAACCGUUGGGACAGAAGCCGUUUCUCUCGACGCGCUGCGAAUCUCCACUUGCCGAGCGUUUCACUUGGUCUUGGAGCGGCGUCUCAGAAUGAAGCGGCAGCAGGGUGCUGAUUGGCUUGUCUUUGCUUCGAGAAGAUCGCCUUGUGAGCUUUUGUUCAUGGCCGGUCGUGAUCUCAGUUGUCAAUUCAAGAUGAGUUGAUGAGAUGAGAUGUGAUGAACACAGCCAGUUUGCCGUGGUUUGGCACGGGCCCGUGAGCUGAGCUCAGUCUUUGACUUCGUGGCGGAUGACAAAGCAGGCCUGACAAACGGGUUUCUAGAAUCGUCAUCGAAGCUUUGCUAGUGAUGCCUAUCAAUUGAGCGAUGGAUCUCACUCACAGCUCACAACAAUAUACUUUUUACUAUCCUCCGCAUCACAUUUGACUCAGUUGAAAUGUAUCAGUGAAUUUUUACUUCUACAACAUCAGCGACAACUUCGUCAGGUCUAACACUUCGGCAUCUUGUUUAAGACACCAACGUUGUAACAUUUUGAGCCUCAUCUCACAUAUCACAACCUUCUUGAGCCUCACACACGUCAUCAGGCUUCAUCAUGGAAACCACCGACACACAACCACAUAUUGAUCAACAUGCCAACGAGCUCGAACCAUCAUCAACAGACUCCCCCGCAGUCGAAAUCACCAUCAAAUUCCCACCAGAACAACACAACCAAACAUGGACCUUUGAGUCCCAAGACACCUUCGCCCACCUCGUCCAAGCCCUCGGCCUAGAAUUCCCCGAAUAUGACUGGGCCAAAAGCAAAGCCCUCCUCGAGAAACGUCCACCCACCCUCAAAAAAGGCAUGCUAACCCCCUCCACCGACCCUGACCUCCCCCUAUCAACCCUCCACACAACCACCCUCCGCUUCCUCGCCCCCAAAUCCACCACUCUCGAUUCCCUAAAGACGGCAGCAACAGAAGCAGCAACCGUCCAAGCCCGCCGUGCCCUCGCCCGCUCCCGCCUCGCCCGCCUGCCCCCCUCCCGAAAGAAAACCGCCCUCUCUGACGCCACCUUCACAUUCCACGCCCUCUCCGCCCUCCCUCACCUGCCCAACUCCCAGAAAUCACUCUCUUUUCUUCAACGUCUGAAAGAGGACCCCGGGAUUGUCCACGUGAUGAAGAAACACGAGUACUCUGUCGGUUUGUUGACAGAAAUGGACCCGAUAGCCAACACGUCGGCUAGCGAAGGGGGCGUGACGAGGAUACUGGGGCUGAACAGGAACAAGGGGGAGGUUAUUGAACUGAGGUUGAGGACGGACAGGUAUGAUGGGUGGAGGGAUUACAGGGGGGUGAGGAAGACGCUUUGUCAUGAGCUGGCGCAUAAUGUUUAUGGGGAGCAUGAUGGGGAUUUUUGGAGGUUGUGUAGACAGAUUGAGAGGGAGGUUGAGGGGGCCGAUUGGAGGAAGAGCGGGAGGACUGUGGGGGAGGGGGAGUUUGCUCCUGCGAGGGAUGGGGACGGGGAGGGGGAGGGGGGGGGGAGAUGA